AGCAAGAAGGCAGCUGGAGUCACCACAAGUUCUGGGACUGAAGUAUUAGCGCUGCUGCUCUAGAAUGCAGAGAAGCUCCUUGGAUUCUGGUUCUGUUUCCUUCCUGUUCCUGUUUGUGUCCUCAGGCCCAGAUGAUCGCCCAGUCCAUUGGGCAGGCUUUCAGUGUGGCGUACCAGGAGUUCCUGCGGGUCAGCGGGAUCAACCCCCAAAGCCUGAGCCAGUACAGUGACCUGCUUAGCUCCCCGGACAUGUACAACGAAGACCUGGUCCACUUCUCCAAGUCUGAGAACAGCAGGGCUGUGUUCAUAGAGAAGGAGAAGGGGGAGAUUCUGGGCUUGGCCAUUGUGGAGAGUGGGUGGGGCUCCAUCCUGCCCACCGCCAUCAUUGCCAACAUGAUGCACGGAGGUCCAGCUGAGAGGUCUGGAAGACUGAACACAGGAGACCAGAUCAUGUCCGUCAACGGAACCAGCCUGGUGGGAUUGCCGCUGUCCAGCUGCCAGAACAUCAUAAAGGAUCUGAAGAACCAGACUCGGGUGCAGAUGAACGUAGUGAGAUGUCCCCCAGUCACCACAGUUCUAAUCAGACGGCCGGCCCUUCGCCUCCAGCUGGGCUUCAGUGUGCAGAACGGCAUUAUCUGCAGCCUUGUGCGCGGGGGCAUCGCUGAGCGGGGCGGGGUAAGGGUGGGUCACCACAUCAUUGAGAUCAACGGCCAGAGCGUGGUGGCAACGCCACAUGAGAAGAUCGUCCACAUCCUGUCCAACGCCGUGGGAAAGAUCCACAUGAAGACCAUGCCUGCAGCCAUGUACCGCCUGCUGACUGCGCAGGAGCAGCCGCUCUAUAUCUGAUAGCAGCUCCACAACUGGACCUGUUCUGCUCAGGCUCUGUGUUAGACUUUCCUCUCUCUCAGUAAAAGAGUACACUCUCAAGUUAAAGAAAAACUAUCAUGAAAAAUAAAAUAGAAUGAUCAAGAACAUGUUUAAAUCAGAU